GACCUUUGUUCACGAUUCACCACCGAUCUUUACUUGCUUGAUCGAUUUGUUUUCAGAUAUUGAUUAUUUUUGAGUGAGCUUGAAACAUGGCUUCAGGGACUUCUAAAAUUGCUAAAGAUGUUACUGAAUUAAUAGGUAACACUCCAUUAGUGUAUCUAAACAAAGUGGCUAAAGAUUGUGUUGGUCAUGUUGCUGCUAAGCUUGAGAUGAUGGAACCAUGCUCUAGCGUUAAAGACAGGAUUGGUUAUAGUAUGAUUGCUGAUGCAGAAGCUAAAGGUCUAAUUAAACCAGGAGAGAGUGUGUUGAUUGAGCCAACAAGUGGGAAUACUGGAGUUGGUUUAGCAUUUACUGCAGCUGCAAAGGGUUAUAAGCUUGUUAUUACAAUGCCAGCUUCAAUGAGUAUAGAGAGAAGAAUCAUUCUCUUAGCUUUUGGAGCUGAGUUGAUUCUUACUGAUCCGGCUAAAGGCAUGAAAGGCGCUGUCGCAAAGGCGGAAGAGAUUUUGGCGAAAACGCCUAAUGGUUACAUGCUUCAACAAUCCAUUAUGAGGACUACUGGACCUGAGAUAUGGAAAGGUUCUGGUGGAAAAGUGGAUGGCUUUGUUUCUGGUAUUGGUACUGGUGGUACCUUAACAGGUGCUGGGAAGUAUCUCAAGGAACAGAACCCAAACAUAAAGCUGUAUGGUGUCGAGCCCGUUGAAAGCCCUAUUCUGUCCGGUGGAAAGCCAGGUCCCCACAAAAUUCAAGGAAUAGGUGCUGGUUUUAUUCCAGGCAUUUUGGAUGUUGAUCUUAUAGAUGAAGUUGUUCAGAUUUCAAGUGAAGAAUCGAUUGACAUGGCAAGGCUUCUUGCUAGGGAAGAGGGUCUGUUAGUGGGAAUCUCAUCUGGAGCAGCAGCUGCCGCAGCAAUCAAACUUGCAAAGAGGCCAGAAAAUGCUGGGAAGCUUAUUGUGGCGGUGUUCCCGAGUUUUGGGGAACGAUAUCUGUCGACUGUACUGUUCGAUGCAGCAAGGAAAGAGGCAGAGACUAUGACCUUUGAGCCCUGAAUCUGUUCCCGGCCCCUUUCUUCUUGGUGAUACAAUCAGAUUCUGUCUGAAUCUUGUCAUUUGUGUGAACUCAAAAGUAGUUUGUCUGCUAUUGUGAACAAUCCAUUUCUAGAAAGUUUCUGGUUUUGAGUUUUUUGCUCUCUAUGUUUGAAAUCUUGUGCAACCAAAAACAGUGACAAGAGGACCACAACAUCAAUACUUUAUAAAUAGCCAAAAGCUUG